AUGGGUAACAAACAAGAAGAGCUGGAGGCCAUGGUGCAUCAGCAGGACUAUGAUGUAGUUGCCAUCACAGAAAUGUGGUGGGAUGACUCACAUAGUUGGAGCACUGCACUGGAUGGCUACAAGCUCUUCAGAAAAGACAGAAAAGGGAGAAGAGGUGGAGGGGUGGCCCUUUAUAUUAGGGAGGUUUUGGAUGUCACAGGUAUUGAGACUAAUGAUGAUGAAGUUGCGUCCCUAUGGGUAACUCGUCUGAUGGAUGCAGGAAAGGCUGUGGAUGUUGUCUAUUUAGACUUCAGCAAGGCCUUUGAUACUGUUUCCCACAGCACACUCCUGGAAAAGCUGGCAGCCCCUGGCUUGGAUAGGAGCACUCUUCGCUGGGUUAGGAACUGGCUGGAUGGCCGGGCCCAGAGAGUGGUGAAGGCCAACAGCAUCCUGGCCUGCAUUAGGAUGUGUGACCAGCAGGAGCAGGGAGGUCAUUCUCCCCCUGUACUCGGCACUGGUGAGGCCACAUCUUGAGUACUGUGUCCAGUUCUGGGCCCUCAAUUUAGGAAGGAUAUUGAGAUACUUGAGCGUGUCCAGAGGAGAGCAACGAGGCUGGUGAGGGGCUUGGAAAACAAGCCCUACGAGGAACUUUUGAAGGAACUGGGGUUGUUUAGCCUGGAGAAGAGGAGGCUUAGAGGUGACCUUAUUGCUCUCUACAACUUCCUGAAGGGAGGUUGUAGACAGGUGGGGGUCGGUCUCUUCCACCGGGCAGCAACUGACAGAACAAGAGGACACAGUCUCAAGCUACGUCAGGGAAGGUAUAUUAGGAAACAAGUUUUCACUGAAAGAAUAAUAAAGCACUGGAAUUCUCUUCCCAGGGAGGUGGUGGAAUCACCAUCUCUAGAUGUGUUUAAAAAAAGACAGGACAUGGCACUUCGUGCUAUAGUCUAG